GGGGCGCAUAAAUAAGUGGGUAUUUAUUUAGGUUUGUGAGUGAGGAAACAUUUUGCACAGCCUCGUACACACCUACAGGAAAACCAUGCGAUGCGAGGAGGCAAAUGCCCUUAUAUGGGUAUGGGUGUUGAGCUACAAUUUCUGGGUAGUCACAGCAUUUUGUGAAAGCCGUUGCCGCCAGUACCCAAACACCGAGAAACAACUUGAGUUUAAAUGUAAGAAGAGGAGUUCCAUGUUUUACGUCGAUGUAAGGAGCUCUAACACGACCAAUGGAAACUGUCGUGGUGUGGUCACGUGCUCCGGUCUGCAACAGGAAGUUCUGAGAACGGUUGCUGAAUCUUGUUACUGGAAUCCUAUCUGCAGUUUCCCCCUCAACAAGGAGCAGCCAAAUAUACUCAACAUCAAUGGAAACUGUGCUAACGUCAGGCCACGUGUUAUAUCAGCUAGAGCCUUGUGUGUUAAAAGAAAUAAGAUUUUGCUGUUUUCUCCGAUCAGUUUGACGAAGAAGGAUGGUGUCAUAAAAUCGCAUGAGUAUUUCCCAUGGGAUUACCCAGACACACAAUCAUAUCACCAGAUGGUAUUUGUUGCAAAGCCACGUAAAAAACUUAGGAUCACUUUUCUGGCUGCAGAAGUUGACACUACAUCCGACAUAAUAUUUUUCAUGAAUGGAACAUCCCCGGUCAACGUCACCAGUAACGAAAUAAACAACAAUUUUGAGUUUCCCAGCGUCGACGUCACGUUAGUGUUCAGCGUUGGCUCUACAUCAAGACUUGGGAAGGGCUUUCUCCUUUGUUUUGUAUGGUUGAAAAACACUUACUCGGACGCCAGCCGCCAUGCCUGUGACCUUGUGAGAGGUGUCAAAUGUCUGUCCGGAAGGGUCAAGGCGCGGUCACGGGGAUGACCUUGAAUCCAGACACCAUGGCAUUGCUACAGUGACAUCUUGCACCGAACAGGCAUAGGAGGAACUCGGUUUGGUGAAAGACUCUCUCAACGGCGUUGGUCUCCUGGCCAAGGAGAAACUUCAUAUAAUGUAAUCUGUGAUUUUUAUGGGGACUCCAGGAGAAAUUGUUAAAGAAUAAAAUAUGAACACCC